AUGUCGCGCCGCUUGCAACCCCGGCCGCGCCUACAUUCGCGAAAUCGUCCACAGGCCGCAGUCGAACCAGCGCCAGCUCCUGAACCUGCCCCUGCUCCCGAGCCAGACCCACAACCGCCAUCAGACGAGGAGCGAGAACCAGGCGACUGGAGGCCGUCCCGUCCGGCCUCCCCCCCUCAAAGACCUGAUGAUAUAUCUGAGGGCUCAGAGGCGACGGUUCGUCCCAACAGAACAGAACCGGCUAGUCGAUACGCUAACCUUAAUUACUGGAAGGCGAGACGUGUCACCUUCUACAGGAAUGGGGAUCCAUUUCAUCCAGGAGUGGAAUUCCGUUUCAAACCUGGUAGAGACUUGGCAUCAAUGGAUGCGUUAUUGGAUAGACUGUCGGAAAGGUUGGAGCUGCCCAGAGGUGCCAGGUUCAUAUUCGGGAUGGAUGGUGAUAGGAAGUAUAGGCUCGAGGAACUUGAAGACGGGGCCUCGUACGUCGUGUCAUCAUACAAAACUUUUAAGGCUGCAAGUUACGGAAAGAAGAACGGCAUGUGGUACGGAGGUACAUCAGGUGUAGUUACUGGUGCAGGCGGGGGAUGGUCACGGGCAGGCACCAGGAAACAGUCAGUGGCAGAAUCUGAUGCUCCUCCACCAGGCGGCGGCAAACCCGCCAGUGGUCGCGUUAUCAGAAUCAUCAACAACAUGGACCACUCUAUACAGUGUCGUGUUCUGUUGAAUCUACGUACUACGCAACCGUUUGAAGAAGUACUAGAAGAUUUAGGGCAAGUACUAAAAAUGAGUGGCGCAAAAAGGAUGUACACUAUAACAGGACAAGAGGUCAGGAGUUUCUCACAACUAAGAAACGAAUUCGCUGACGUAGAGACAUUUUAUUUGGGCUCCGUAAUUGUGGCUCCAGCACUUACCCCUGGAGCCAGUGCUCCGAUGCUUCCAAUAGAAUCACCGAUAAGAAGAUCUCGGUCCAGAGCAAACGUAGCUGCAGCACCGGCGUCUGAAGACAUGCGCGGCAGGCGUGCUCGCAGCAAAAGUCGACCCAGAGUACUUUAUGCGCCUGAGGGGGAAAUUGUUCGCAAUUCAGACUACACCCUACUAGAAGUACUGAAGGAGGAACCGAUUCGUGUCACAAUCCGUGGUCUCCGGCGCACCUUCUAUCCUCCCAUCCACCAUGCACCUAUCGACAAUUCCCCACCGGAGAAGAAAAUGCAACUUGACUGGGUAUAUGGAUACCGCGGUUCAGACAGCCGUCGCAACUUGUGGGUGCUGCCGACCGGCGAGCUCCUGUACUAUGUCGCCGCAGUUGCUGUGAUGUACGACAGGGAAGAGGAAUCACAAAGACACUACAUUGGACACACCGAGGAUAUACAGUGCAUGGAACUGCAUCCGUCUCGAGAGUUGGUGGCCAGUGGUCAGAGAGCUGGACGCGGCCGCCGGGCCCAAGCCCACGUGCGCAUCUGGAGUACGGACACGCUGCAGACACUGCACGUGUUUGGAAUGGCGGAGUUCGAGGCAGGCGUCGCUGCUGUCGCAUUCUCUCAACUGAACGGCGGUAGUUACGUUUUGGCUGUUGACGCCGGGAGAGAGAGUAUACUGUCUGUAUGGCAAUGGCAAUGGGGUCAUCUCUUAGGCAAAGUCGCGACUCUACAAGAAGAAUUGACCGGCGCUGCCUUCCAUCCACUAGAUGACAAUUUGUUAAUCACACACGGCAAGGGACACCUUACUUUUUGGAACCGCAGAAAAGACGGUUUCUUUGAACGUACAGACAUCAUAAAACCUCCGUCUCGUACACACGUAACAGCUCUACAAUUUGAACAAGAUGGUGACGUUGUGACAGCUGAUAGUGACGGGUUCAUAACUAUCUACAGCGUAGACAGUGAUGGCGCAUAUUUUGUACGAAUGGAAUUUGAGGCUCACAUUAAAGGAAUCAGCUCACUAAUAAUGCUGUCUGAAGGCACCUUGAUAUCUGGAGGUGAGAAGGAUAGAAAGAUCGCUGCUUGGGAUUCACUGCAGAAUUAUAAACGAAUAACAGAAACAAAACUACCGGAAUCCGCUGGUGGUGUUCGAAGCAUUUAUCCUCAAAGACCGGGAAGAAACGACGGCAACUUGUAUGUAGGCACCACUAGAAAUAAUAUAAUGGAAGGGUCCCUCCAAAGGCGCUUUAAUCAGGUUUUGUUUGGUCAUCACAAACAACUGAUGGGGUUGGCUGUACAUCCGGAUGAUGAAAUGUUCGCGACUGCUGGCCAUGACAAAAAUAUUGCUUUGUGGAAAGGACAUAAGCUAGUAUUUGCUACACAGGUUGGCUACGAAUGCGUGUCUCUUGCUUGGCACCCUGGUGGUGGAGCACUGGCUGCUGGCAGCACGGAGGGUCAUUUAGUUGUUCUGAACGCGGACGCUGGUGCUCACGUUGCUACUCUCAGAGUUUGCGGCUCGCCCCUCAACACUUUACAAUACAAUUCAGCCGGCGACAUUCUGGCAAUAGGAUCUCAAAAUGGAAGCAUUUAUUUAUUCCGUGUCUCCCGUGAUGGUUUCUCUUACAAGAAAUCUAACAAAAUACGUGGCGCGCAGCCACUCGUGCAACUCGAUUGGAGUCUUGACGGAAACUACUUGCAGACAGUGACAGCUGAUUAUGAUUUAGCAUUUUGGGACAUCAAGGCCUUAUCACCUGAGAAAAGUCCUAUAGCCAUGAAAGAUGUUAAAUGGUCUACAUAUAAUUCCACUGUUGGUUUCCUUGUAUCAGGAAUGUGGAAUAACCGAUUCUAUCCAAUGACUACAUUGAUAUCUACCGCAAGUCGCUCGGCCGCCCACGAUCUGCUGGUAAGCGGCGACACCGAUGGAUACUUGCGGUUAUUCAGAUAUCCUUGCGCUAGUCCGAAAGCGGAAUACAACGAGACGAAAGUAUACAGUGGCGCUAUGUUUAACGCUCGGUUCCUAUUCAACGACCGUUGCCUCGUGAGCUCCGGGGGGUCUGACGCCGCGCUGAUGCUGUGGGAGCUGGUGGACGACUAGCAUAAGGUCGCGCCGCGGCUGCGCCCGCCUGCCGUCGUGGUAGCGCCCCCCACACCGUCGCCGCCGCCCCUAGCGCUGCACCCUCACGCCACAUUCAAAAUACUCGAUUUUGAUGAGCUCGAUUGAACGAAUCGAUAAACAAUCGAUUGGUACCUAAUGUAGCGAAAAAAUCGCCCCUACGAUUCUGUUUCACGUGAUUAUACACACUUAUAAGACGAGUAUAAUACGGACUAGACAACUCAAAUGCAACAUUGUCUCGAUGAUUCAUUCAAAUAAAGAGACACGGGAAUAUAUUUCAGGAUACAUCUAUAUUCUGUAUACACCCAAUUACUUAAAAGUAAGUCACCAAUUUGAAGGAGUAAAAUUGUCGAAUUGAAGGUAGUUUUGACGUACGUAGUAAGUAUAACUCACUGCCAUAAUUUACUUGCAUUAAUAAAUUUAUAUGUAGAUCACACUAAUUAUAAUUAUGGAGUUACGACGGAUAAAAUAUCAGAAUGAUAGUAUUGGCCUUGUGAAUGAAGGUAUAGGUAAAAAUGUGAUGUGUGUAUUUGGUGCUGAUAUAUAAUAAAAUGUUACAACAAAAUCAUAUGGUAUAUUCAGAAUCACAUAAUAAUUUCUCAUUCACUUUAAAUACU